AUGGCUGACUCUGAAGAGCGCGCCUACAACGAGGCCGACAUCCUCGCAGCCGUCCAGCACGAUAGCCGCAGCAACGCCAUCAUCAUUGUCACUGCCGUCUUUCUCGGAAUCUCGCUCGCGAGCGUGCUGCUGCGAUGUUUUGUCCGAACACGGAUCGUGCGGGCGUUUGGGUGGGAUGAUAUUAUGAUGCUAGUGGCGAUGACGCUGAAUCUGGGUUUUGCAAUCUGUGGCAUUUUGGGAGCCAAGUAUGGCAUGGGCCGGAAGUUGGCCUACUUCUACGCGUACCCGGACCAUCUGCAUCUCGCGCUACUGUGCUGGUGGCUAGGCCAGAUUUUCUACGUGGUGACCUGCGUCGUCGCCAAAAUUUCCAUCAUGAUCACCCUAUUGCGCAUCACCAUCGACCGCGUCCACGCCUGGAUCCUCUACGCCGCCAUGUCUCUGGCCACGGCGGUUGGUGUGAUCUUUUUGUUCUUCACCAUCUUUCAGUGCCACCCCGUCGAAUACUUCUGGAACCAAAACUCGCAGGCUACGAGCCACGGUAGCUGUGUCGAAAAGAAAACCCUCAUCGGGAUCGCCUAUCUCUACAGUGUGGGCGCGGCCGUCACGGAUCUGACCAUUGGCCUCCUCCCGGUGGCGUUGAUUUGGGACUUGCGCAUGAAUCGGCGCACCAAGGCCGCCAUCGCGGGCAUUCUGGGCAUCGGUUGCCUUGCAAGUGCCGCCGUGAUUGUUCGCAUUCCCUUCGUUCACCGCUACCAAGACACGGAAUUCUUUUAUGAUACCUACCAGAUUUCCAUCUGGUCCAACGUCGAGGCCGGUCUCGGCAUUACGGCCGGCUGUCUGACCACGUUCCGCCCCCUCAUCCGGUUUCUUCGCGACGGCUCCUCCGUCUCGCCCAGCCGCAAUCGCACCCCCGGAUCUUUUCCCUUAUCCAGCACCGUGGCGCAAGGGUUCCACCGAUCUUCGCGCUCCAAGAUGGGAGACCGCGAUGACGUCGACCACGUGUGGACAGGGACCGACAAUGACGACUAUCACGGCGUGACGACGACGAUCAUGGGCAGCCAGAGCCUCAAGCCGACCAGCAGCAGCGAAGAGGAUCUCAACCCGAUCAGCUAUGAUAAUUAUUCCAACCACGGGUGGAAGGUUGAGCGGUCCGUUCGAGUGUCCGUGCAAGAUUCAUGA